GUUACAUCAAAAUGGCCGUACGGCAGUUGGUUCGUGAAGAAAUCUCCAAUUUGCGAGAUCAGCUGAGGGCAAAUAGAGCUCUCUCUGCUGGUGUUGGUGGACUCAUUGUACUAACUAUUGUCUUCUACAACUACCUGUCCUUUCUUGCAAUACCAUGGUUCUUCCUUGCUGGGAUGACAUCUUUCUAUAUCCUCUUCAACCGAGUCUCUAUCCUCCCGAACCUCCUCAUCUGGUAUGAGAGAAAGAAGUCAAUAUCCAAGGAGCAGACAUCAUCCCAAGUCUGCCCAGUGUGUAGUCAUUCUGAUUGCGUCAGGCACAAGGUUGAACUGACUUUGAAUAAAGUGCAGCCAUGGAAUGAUGUCUAUUUACCAGAACGAGUUGAUGCUGCCCUCUCAGAGUUACUGGAGUUGAUUUUGCAAGAAUAUGUCUACAGCUGGUACACUCCAUUCAUCAGCAAAGAGGAAGAGUUUGUGAAUGAGUUGAGAAUGUCACUGCGUUUUCUCAUCGCUGUGGUGAUACGUCGUGUCCGGGAAAUCGACCUCCCGACUUUCAUUCUGGACAGACUCGUCAAAGCUGCCUUGAGACAUCUAGAUGUUUUAUUAAGAGCUAAAAGAAAAGCCAAGUGGGGUGAAGACUUCCAAGAUUUGGUGAUCAAGACGUACGGCGACCAUCUCCAUUGUGCAGCUAGAAAUCGCAAGACGGAACACGAAUACCUCAGGAAUCUAUGUGAACUGCUGUUUACUGUACUGAUUCCAGCCAACUCUCAUAAUAACAAGACUACAGAAACCUUCGUACGUGAAGUUGCAAGUGGAUCUGUAUUCUUACUGGGAAUGGACGUUGUGGCAGAUCCCGAUAUUGUCAACAAACUUCUGAUGAUUUUCUUUGACGAAGAACCGUUUCCAGCUGCUUGUGAUCCACCUUCAAAGCAAGUUGUUUUACUAGAAACUUUCAGCAAUGUCCGUCCCAUCAAGAAAUCAUCGGCCCUCCAGUACGAAAUGUCGGAGAUUCUUAGCAACCAUUCUCUUCUCUUCCCGUUUCUUCAAUACAUGAAGAGAGACGGAGCUCUGAAUAUUUUACAGUUCUGUCUCACUGUUGAGGAUUUCAAUCGGCGGAGUCUGGUGCCAGACAUGACUGAUGAACAGAAGCAGUCUCUACACAGAGAAGCGCAGGAUCUACACCUGUUGUACUUUGCUGCAGGUGCUGUGGAUAAAAUCAAGUUUGAUGAAGACAUCGAAGAAGAGAUCCAAGAAAUUGUGAACGGCCCAUAUGAAGGUGUGACAAGAUUGCGAACUUCAUCAACACUAUUUAGAGCGUAUGAGCAUGCAUAUAAGCUGAUGGAGAAUGUGUUCUGUCCAUUGUUUCAUCACAGUGAUGAGUAUUACACAUUAAUGUGUGGAAAACGACAGCAGGUUCUCCCCAAACUUCAGCAGAGCCCUGAAUCUGAGUUACCUCCAACCCCACCGGUUAUUCCUUCCCCUCAACCAACGCCACCACCACAACGAGCUGCAAACUCCACUAAGACCAUGACAAAGAGAUCAAGUGAUCCAAUUGCUGCUAUGCACAGACUUGGCAGUAAAAUCAAAGGGGUGUUUAGAAGCUCCAAUGCUGAUGGAGAUUCAGUGAGUUUGUCUUCUUUAGAUAUCACAGAGUCAGAGUCCAGCCAACCAACAUCAGAUGCAGAAAUGAUAUCUGAUGAUGAGGAGCCGUCUGGAGUCAAGUCUCCCAUCCAUGAUCUUAGUGCAUGGAGAGUUAGCAUACCUAAAAUAGAAGCCAGACUAGAUGGUACCAAGGAUUACUUUGUGUAUAUCAUUGCCCUUCAACGGAUUGAUGUCAAAGAAGGACUUGGGGAGGAUACAUCUUGGGAAGUUGAGAGACGUUACCAUGAGUUCCAUGUACUAGAGGCCAAGUUAAGAGAGUUCCACGGUAUAUUUGAAGACGCUCAACUGCCGUCUAGAAGACCACUUCCUUUUGCUUCUAGGUCUCUAGAGUUCAUGGAGAAAAGAAAAGAAAGCUGUGAGAAAUUCCUUCAGACGUUGCUGACUAAACCCAACUUACGGAGUAGCCAACUUCUCUACAGUUUCCUGACUAAGAGUGAAGAGUUUGUCAACAAAUUCCUUGGUGAUGUCAACUUAGGAAAGUUUGUCCGCACCAUGUCUUACAAAGUGAUUAAAGAGAGAGGGCAACAUUUGGAUCCCUUUCUGCAGUCAUUUAUUGCUUCAGUGGAGGCACCAAAGCCAAAACCAGGGAAAGUUGAAGAGGAGAUUGAUCCUGCAGAAUAUCUUGCCAAAAAGUUGGAUUGCACUAUAUAUGGUGAUAAUGCAGGUUUGUCACUGGUACGUGAAACACUCAAAGAGCCAAGUCCUGAUGCAAGAGCAGACAUACUGGAGCUAAAUGGAGUAUUUGACUAUAUACUCUAUCUUGCCACAGCUCUAUUUGAGGUUGUUCCAUGGUUAUAUCAGGGACUCAUAGUCUUCAAGAAACUCUUUAAGAACUCACUGGAAACAUUCUUAGACAGCUACCUUGCCAAGAAGUUGGAGAUUGUUCAAUCUGAGGAACAAGUUGAGGAUAUCAUUCACAAACUCAGAGAUGUACUUUUCUUUGAUGAUGAGCCACCUAGAACUGAUGCCCAGAAACAGCGACGGAAAGAGGAAGCAUUCAAACAAAUGAUGGCUUUCUUCCCUAAACAACUGCAUCAGGUUAUGGGAGAGGAUAAAUUCUGUGCUGGUCUGAGAUUCAUAUUCGAUGGUUUACAAUAUCCCAAGCUAAAUAAGCAGCUUGCCUACACGCUUCUUGAUAUCAUCAUUCUUGAGGUUUUUCCUGAAUUUGACAGUAAUUUGAAGACUGAUACCAUGGAGACAUAAGUCUGUAUUCUGAUGGAAACACACCUCUACAAGCAACCAAUCAGAUGAGUGGCAGGUCAUGUUAACUACAGGCAGGUAACUUUUUGACCAAUCACAUUUUGUUACCUAGGGGCAGGCACCUUUUCAACCAAUCAUGUUUUGGUACCUAGAGGCAGGCAACUUUUCGACCAAUCAGCCUUUGUUACCUAGAGGCAGGCAACUUUUCAACCAAUCUGCUUGUGUUACCUACAGGCAGGAAACUUUUCGACCAAUCAGCCUUUGUUACCUAGAGGCAGGCAACUUUUCAACCAAUCAGGUUUUGUUACCUAGAGGCAGGCAACUUUUCAACCAAUCAGCCUUUGUUACCUAGAGGCAGGCAACUUUUCAACCAAUCAGCCUUUGUUACCUAGAGGCAGGCAACUUUUCAACCAAUCAGCCUUUGUUACCUAGAGGCAGGCAACUUUUCAACCAAUCAGCGUUUUUUACCUAGAGGCAGGCAACUUUUCAACCAAUCAGCCUUUGUUACCUACAGGCGGGCAGCUUUUCAACCAAUCAGCCUUUGUUACCUAGAGGCAGGCAACUUUUCAACCAAUCAGCGUUUGUUACCUAGAGGCAGGAAACUUUUCAACCAAUCAGCGUUUGUUACCUAGAGGCAGGCAACUUUUCAACCAAUCAGCGUUUGUUACCUACAGGCAGGCAACUUUUCAACCAAUCAGCGUUUGUUACCUAGAGGCAGGCAACUUUUCAACCAAUCAGCCUUUGUUACCUACAGGCGGGCAACUUUUCAACCAAUCAGCGUUUGUUACCUAGAGGCAGGCAACUUUUCGACCAAUCAGCCUUUGUUACCUAGAGGCAGGCAACUUUUCAACCAAUCAGCCUUUGUUACCUACAGGCAGGCAACUUUUCAACCAAUCAGCCUUUGUUACCUAGAGGCAGGCAACUUUUCAACCAAUCAGCAUUUGUUACCUACAGGCCGGCAACUUUUCGACCAAUCAGCAUUUGUUACCUAGAGGCAGGCAACUUUUCAACCAAUCAGCCUUUGUUACCUACAGGCAGGCAACUUUUCGACCAAUCGGCCUUUGUUACGUACAGGCAGGCAGCUUUUCGACCAAUCAGGUUUUGUUACCUAGGGGCAGGCAACUUUUCAACCAGUCAACUUUUGUUACGUACAGGCAGGCAACUUUUUGACCAAUCACCAAUUAAUUUUUCGUCAAAAUAUCAUUGAGGUCAUAUAUAUUCAGAACAUGAAUUUUAAUAGAUGCUGCAACGUCACCAGAUUUUUUUAGUAGGUCUCAGAAUUUAUUUUGGUCAGUGAAUUUUACUAUUGGAAACUUGUUUUCUGUCCAGAUCGGUAAAAAAAACACCUGAAGUUGUUAGCUUGAAAGUACAGUGUACUUCAUACAAAUUUGACACCAUCCGUUAAUAUUUAAUUAGUUUCCAAAAUAGAUUUAUUUGCUUUAUACUUAAUAUUGACAUUAUAUGGUCCUACAUUAUUUUGUACCUUUAAUACUUAGAAAACACUUGUUGUUUAUUAACUUUAGUUUUCAACCCUUACCAAGUAAGUUAAAAGAAUGGGGAUGGGCAUUUAUUUGAUUUUUAAGAAUUUUUUUUUUUUUUUUCUUAUUUUUUAAAUCAAAUUUACCUAUUUUCACUAGUGGUUUAGUCCUUGGUACAGGUUCCUCCCUGUGGGGGUAUGGGCAAGUCCAAAUCAGUGACUUGUAGGGAUGGGCAUUUAUUUGAUUUGCAAGAAUUGUUCUUUUUAUCAAAAGUAUUCCCGUUAUUCAGUGAACUAUUCAUUCUAUUGGUAAAACCCACUGAGCUUUCUUCCUAUUGUCCAGUGACUUCAUUCACAUAAAACAAAAACAGCCUAUCCCAAUUUUGAUAACAUUCCUAAAGUUGCCAGCUCUAGCCAGGAAAUGCUAGGGUAUAGUAAAUUGGCCAAUAUGGGAUAAGCCAGGCAACAUCAUGUGUGGAGGAGUCUGUACACUGGACUGUACUAGGUGCACUGCAUGCUAGCAUCAAACCAGAGAAAGUUUCACUUAAAUAAAGGUGCUGGAGACCUUUGGUAAUUGUCAAAGACCAGUUUUCUCACUUGGUGUAUAUCAACAUAUACAUAAAAUAACAAAUCUGUGAAAAUUUGGACUUUAUUAAUCAUCAAAGUUUCAAGAGACGACGAAAGGUAAAAACAGCUGUGUUGCAGAAAUUGUGUGAUUUAAGAUGCCUACAAAAAUAUUAAAAGAUAUACAGGUCUGAAUCCUUUUAAUAUUUGAGUAAGAAAUGACCUCUUUCUCAAAA